UCUGACUUUUUUUCAGUGACUGUAUUGGAUUACAGUACUUUUUUUUUCUUAAAUACAUAACGGUGGUACGUGUAUUCUGUGACACCUAUUGACGCCUGUUCCAAGUUCCCCUCGGCAGUGUGCCCGCGUACCCCAGGUUGGAAAAGACUCCACGGUUUACUGUAUGUGGUACCUCAAAACCUGAUAAAGGGUCACAGUUUUUCCGUUGCAGCCCAUUGGAAGAUUUGAAAAUCUCAACGGCUUUUAUGCAUGGUGGUGGUAGUAAUAGCCUUUUGUGCAUUUCUUUGUCUUUACUAUUUUCAUCAAGAUUUUCCACUGUGUUGCCACCUCUGAGCCACCAUACAAUUUUAAAUGUCUACCAUAGGAUAAUAAUAAUUUUGCCUGAUAUCACCAUGAUCUACCAAAGUCUAGUUAGACAGGAUCCCGUGAUCCGAUCUGAACUGCUAUCGAAGAAAACAGUUUACAGGCAGACGUGCUCAAGUCACAUUUGACUGAAUUGAAGAAAGAGCUGAGCAACACGCCACGUCGCCCGCUAUAACCACCUCAUCACGCCGCUUGAAGAGUAUGAGAGAGGACGCGGCUAAUGCGCUUGCACCCAUUUUGUCUCCAAAUGAAAAGAGCCGGCCGCUCAGGGUCGAGGCGUGCGAAUGGCGGGGAGCGGCGCCCGCUGCGCCGGGAAGGGAAAUUCUCAGGGCGAUCGAUGGGGAGGAUUAGGGCGGGCUUUGGUGGGGGCUCUGGAUCUGAGCGGCGCUCUCUAUGGGGGGGCCCCACGGGAGGUUCAGAGUGGAAAGCGGGAGGGAAGAGAGGAGGAGGGCCAAGGGGGAAAGUGGAGAAAGGGCUAACCUGGUACUGUCAGGAGGCUGAGGAGGAGGUUGGCCUAGCUGGGAAGAGGAGAGCUGUCGGGGUUCCAUCGGGCCUCCUGCUAAAAACACACCACCGGGGGAGCCGUACAACAAAAACAUGGACACAUCAUGCUCGGAUUUGGCUUCCGACUUGGACAUCUUUGAGUUGUUCUCAGGCUAGAAUCACUAAAGCGGUCUUCACACUUAUCAACUUGGUCAAAUUUGAGCAUUUUUACUUUCUUCUGAUAAAAGUCAGGCAGGCCUAAAUGAUUAUUCAUUCAUUUUCCUAGCAGCUUAGCCUCACAAGGGUCGUAGGAGUGCUGGAACCCAUUCCAGCUGUCAUCAGGCAGGAGGCGGGGUACACCCUGAACUGGUUGCCAGACAAUCGCAGGAAUGUCGCUAUGUUGAUUAUUGCCGAGCCCACAGGAAGUACACCAACCAGUUUAGUCAUGUCACUUCCACAGAAGAGCUGUUGUCAAAUCCCAACGUGUGUGUGGUCAACACAAAGUCCAUUCAGACCACUGAGUCUAUGAUUGUGGCGCGAUAAGGAACCAGGGAGUGACCUGAAGCAUGUGCUGUUGCUGUACACAAAUAGUCGAGCAACUGGCUGUGUUGAGUGUCACAAGUCAUUCACAACAAUAAAAAGGAUUUCUUGUACUGGUCUACAUUAGUGACAGAAUUAUGCCGGGAGUCAUUGAUUUCCCGGUUAAAAGUGUUUAUGAUUUCCCAUGUUAGUAGUUUAAAUACUAAGCAUACCAUGAACUAUUACCCAAAACACUAUCAUUUAAAAACUUGUAUCACAACUUCUUCUUGUUUUCCUUUUGGCUUGUCCCGUUAGGGGUCGCCACAGCGUGUCAUCUUUUGCCAUCUUAGCCUAUCUCCUGCAUCUUCCUCUCUAACCCCAACUGCCCUCAUGUCUUCCCUCACCACAUCCAUAAACCUUCUCUUUGGUCUUCCACUCGCUCUUUUGCCUGGGAGCUCCAUCCUCAGCAUCCUUCUACCAAUAUACUCACUCUCUCGCCUCUGAACAUGUCCAAACCAUCGAAGUCUGCUCUCUCGAAUCUUGUCUCCAAAACAUCCAGCUUUGGCUGUCCCUCUAAUGAGCUCAUUUCUAAUCCUAUCCAACCUGCUCACUCCAAGCGAGAACCUCAACAUCUUCAUUUCUGCCACCUCCAGUUCUGCUUCCUGUUGUCUCUUCAGUGCCACCGUCUCUAAUCCAUACAUCAUGGCUGGCUUCACCACUGUUUUAUAAACUUUUCCCUUCAUCCUAGCAGAGACUCUUCUGUCACAUAACACACCAGAGACCUUCCGCCAGCUGUUCCACCCUGCUUGGACCAGUUUCUUCACUUUCUAACCACACUCACCAUUGCUCUGGAUUGUUGACCCUAAAUAUUUGAAGUCCUCCACCCUCGCUAUCUCUUCUCCCUGUAGCCUCACUCUUUCCCCUCCACCAUUCUCAUUCACGCACAUAUAUUCGGUUUUACUUUGGCUAAUCUUCAUUCCUCUCCUUUCCAGUGCGUGCCUCCAUCUUUCUAAUUGUUCCUCUACCCGCUCCCUGCUUUCACUGCAGAUCACAAUAUCAUCUGGGUGUCAUGAUCCUGCCGCUCCAGCAUGAGCUGUGCGGGUGUCCACGCAGGUGCACUGAUUGGAAGGUGCACACCUGCGCCUCAUGCAGCCUGAUUAUGCUGUGGAUUUAUAUGACCGCGAUGACAACUGGCCGGCGCCAUUUCGUUUGAUCUUCAUGUCUCGUUCGUGUGCUCCGGUAUCCCUGAUCGAACCUGUGUGUACCGACAUUCGCAUGUUCUCCGACCAACCUUGUAAGCCUGACUCCUUUGAUACUUCUGCCUGCGUUGAUUAUUCCCCUGUGUACCGACUCCUGCCUGUCCGCUCAUCUGCUCUCUUCGCCCGACGCCCCAACUACCGCUGCUCCACCGGACUGGCUGCUCGAUCCCCUACCUCUGCAUAUAAUAAACGUGUCUCCUUGAACUACCUUGCAUCUUCCGAGUCCUGCAUUUGGUCCUACUCGGGACGUGACAGAACUAACUGGCCAACACAGCACCCAGGUGGAAAGACCCGGCGUCGCCGGGACCGACGGAAAGUCGACCGUCUGCCAGAGGACCAAGCCUGUCCGAUCCGGGUAGGCUCCCUGAUGUCCUCCGCUUCCGUGUCUUACGCUCCACCAGCGAGGUAUGAAUACAUCCCGAACAUGACCCGUCCGGCUCCUCAUAUUCUUCUGGACUCUGACUUUUCGGAGUACGAGCAGGACCGUGAUUUGUAUGACCGGCUGCCGGAGUACGACUCCGAUUAUUCUGAUUAUGAAUCUGCUCGUCCGAUCUUUCAUCCCAGUCAGUUUGUUUCACCUCCCUGCGUUUCCAGCACCCAAACGUCUUCGCCCGGUAGGUUUAAGUACACUAAUCCAUAUGAGGGAACGCACUUGGCCAUCUACCCGGAACCUCCGCGUGGCGGCCAGAGGAGACGCCCCGGUCGGGCGCUCCCCGGUGACUUCCGCUGCGCGGCAACUAAGACAUCGUCCUCCCACUCCUCGCCGGCAACGGCAAAACUGGCAGACCCGCAGCUGGUGGCGAAGCUUCCAGCCCAGAGGGAGGAGGAGUCGCCAAAUCACGAGUCGUUGCGCCGCGAAAUGCCUCACCAAGCACACGUAGCUGUGGAAACUGACCCGCCUCCUCGCCAUUCCCACGUCGAGGUUUUGGCUGUUCCGAGCAGACUUCACGCAGCAGUUGGAACUGACCCGCUCCCGAGACACGCCCACGUGUCAAACCUGACCUGUCCACCCGGACGCCUUGUGUUUGGUGGCCUAGAUGGCCCCCAGACUGGGGUUCGGGGGGGGGGGGGGGUGCCCUCCUCCGGACACCCCUUCCGCCCACCCUGCCUGUGUUAAUUAUUGUCUGUUUUUUUCAUUUAGGCACGUCUGGGAGCAGUGCCUUUGAGGGGGUGGGGGUACUGUCAUGAUCCUGCCGCUCCAGCACAAGCUGUGCAGGUGUCCGCGCAGGUGCGCUGAUUGGAAGCCUGACUCCUUUGAUACUUCUGCCUGCGUUGAUUGUUCCCCUGUGUACCGACUCCUGCCUGUCCGCUCAUCUGCUCUCUUCGCCCGACGCCCCAACUACCGCUGCUGCACCGGACUGCCUGCUCGAUCCCCUACCUCUGCAUAUAAUAAACGUGUCUCCUUGAACUACCUUGCAUCUUCCGAGUCCUGCAUUUGGGUCCUACUCUCGUUCCGAUGGGACGAGACACUGGGAAAAUCAUGGUCCAAGGGGAUUCCAGUCUAGCCUCAUCUGUCAGCCUACACAUUACUACCACAAACAGGAAGGGGCUCAGCGCGGAUCCCUGAUGCAGACCCAUCUCCACCUUAAAUUCUUCUGACAAUCCUACGGCACAUCUCACCGCUGUCCUCAUACAUGUCCUGUACUACUCCAACAUAUUUCUCCGCCACACCAGACUUGCGCAUGCAGUACCACUGUUCCUCUCUUGGUACUCUAUCAUUGUCUUUCUCUAGAUCCACAUAGACACAAUGUAGCUCCUUCUGACAUUCUCUGUACUUUUCAAUUAGCAUUUUCAAAGCAAAUAAUGCAUCUGGUACUCUUUCUAGGUAUGAAACCAUACUGUUGCUCGCAGAUACAUACUUCUGUCCUGAGUCUAGCCUCCACUACUCUUUCCCAUAACUUCAUUGUGUGGGUCAUCAACUUUAUUCCUCUAUAGUUCCCACAGCUCUAAACAUCCCCUUUGUUCUUAAAAAUGGGAACUAGCACACUUUUCCUCCAUUCUUCAGGUAUCUUCUCACCCACUAGUAUUCUCUUGAAUAAGUUGGUCAAAAACUCCACAGCCACCUUUCCAAAUUGCUUCCCUACCUCCACCGGUAUGUCAUCAGAACUAACUGCCUUAUGAGGUGGAGGUAAAAACUCCUGUCACAACAUUACGCAAAAAAAAUAAAUAGAUUACAGAUAAUUUGAUUUUGAAAAAAAAAAUGCACUGGUACAUGCACAUGUGGCAAAGCACAACAACCCAGGCUAAACUUAGCUCCUUCCUCACAUACAAAGCUUGUCUCUCAAUCAAGAUGUGUCACUUUAGCCGACUAGCUUGGAAGAAUUACUGUACUACUUUUCUUUUUAGACGGGCCUUGGUGUUUGUGACGUUUUAGAAAGAGCACAAAAAAUUCGAUGGACUUGAUGAAUUUGUGAAAUUUGUGGGGAAUAAAUUUAAUUUCUUUUUUUUGUACUUUUGUGUAGUCUGGAUGCCCUGUGAUGCCUUUCGCACGUCGGUUUUGGUAUUACAACAUCCAUCUGGUUUGGGGGAGAAGUCUCACCUUUCUCUGUGAAGAUAUCGUGUGUGUGUGUGUGUGUGUGUGUGUGUGUGUGUGUGUGUGUGUGGUGUGUGUUGGUCAGCACACACCCGAGGAUGAGUGAUUUUCAGAUUUUUUUUUGGAGUUGAAUUUGACUUGAUCAAUUGAUGAUCAAUGAUACUUGUAUCAGCACAGUACAGCAGUCCUUAACGUUUUUUUUUUUUAUACUUGGACAGGUUUCACAUUGAGGCAUUUGAACAGACCAGCAGAGAAACAAAAGUAAAAAAAUUAUAAAAUAAUGCUCACCAUUGUGCAGAAUGUAGUUGUAAUUAGUGGGAGGGGUACAUGCUUUUGCUUCAACAAUCAAUCUUUAUAUUUCCCACGUGCUGAUAUUUUUUAUGGGGGUAAACUUGCAGAUUUUGAAAGUGACUCCUCUACGCAUCUCAUUUUUGGUACAUUCCCAACACGCUAUUAACGUAUGCCAUAAUGCGACAAGUGUUAGGAUGCAGUAUUGGACUGAACAUUUUGGUGA